UGAAUCUUAGCUGUAUCCACUUUCUUCCAUUCCUCAGUUUCACUCUCUUCCUUCUUCUUUCCACCUUUUCACACUCCACACACUCACUCGACCUUCAGAACUCAAGUCCCCACAAAUCAUCCGCCAUUACUGACCCUCUUCACCUACAAUCUCGCUCCCCCAGAGCCACACCCCACACAGAAACAUUCACAAUGACCAUCUUCUUCUUCUUCCUCCUCCUCCUCCUCUUUUCCUCUAAACCCUUUGUUUCUUCCUCAUCCCGCAGGAGCCUCCACGAACCCUUUAAGCCAUUGGACAACCAGUCUCCUCCUCUUCCUCCUCCUCCUCCUUCUGCUGCUUCUGCUUCUGCUUCGCCCCCAGAAGCCCCCACGUUACCGUCUUCCACAAAUACCCCUGACUCUCCUCCCUUUUUCCCCUCUUAUCCUGCUUCUCCUCCUCCUCCUCCUCCUGUCGCUACCUUCAUUUCUUACCCUGCCAAUAUAUCUUCUCUUGCUAUCCCUCAAACCCCCAGACAGAAACCUAACUCUUCCUCUAAGCUUGUUGGUGUUAGUGUUGCAGCUGUUCUCUCCGCUGUUGCCUUUGUCGGGAUUUCCGCCUUCGUCUAUUGCCAGUGGGGACGACGGAGGCCAUAUUCUGAAGACGAGAAGAUUAUCAGAUCCGAGAGUAAUCUCAGGUUGUUUGCUGACAAUGUUGAAGCUGGUAGUGCGAGUCGCAAGGUUAGGCAUACUGCGUCUUCCGCCAGCUCUGAGUUUCUUUAUCUCGGUACUGUUGUUGAUUCGCGCGGUAUUGGCGACGAUUGUGGCCGUCCUGAUGCUCGAGGCAAUGAUAAUGGUGGUGGCAGUGCUGGUGCUAUGGACCCUCGCAGAAUGGACUCGCCGGAGCUCCAACCGCUUCCGCCGCUGGCCCGGCAAGCUUCGUGCCAGCAGAAUGGAGCGGAGCGUGAUGAUGUGGGUUCGACUGCUACAGCGGACGAAGACGAAGAGGAAUUCUACUCGCCGAAAGGGUCUUUGGGUGGUCGUGAUAGCUCAAGCGCUACCGGGUCGGGUUCUCGGAGGGUGUUCGCGGAUAAUGGAGGUGAAAAUAUUGGUGGACGAAGCUGUGACUCUGGUUCUACUUCCUUUUCUUCUACCUCGGGUUCGCCGGACCGGUCACAUUCCGCUAGUCUCUCACCGCCGGUUAGCUUAAGCCCCAAAAGGUCGCAGCCGAAAGCACCGGAGACUUCAGUAGUCCACGGCGCUUCUCUGGGGGUACAGACAAACCAAGUUGAAUCACCUGCGUUAUCUUCUGUUCACAAUAAUAACCGGUAUGUCAAUGUGCAAUCUUCUUCCCUGUCAUCGUCAUCUUCAACUCCAGAGAAAGCUUUUGCUUGUGAAGGCCAAUCUCCUUUGCUGUCUCCACUCUCGUUAUCACCAAGUAGAGCUUUGCAGAAGAAUUCUAAUUUGUCAUCACCAAGAUUAUCUAAUGCAGUUUCAGAGGGAGUGGCGAAAAAUGCAGGAGCUUCUCCAAGAUUAUCGAAUGCUUCAUAUCAAAGCAGGAAGUCUGUGACAUCAUCUUCAGCUUUUUCUCUGCCAUCAUCUCCAGAGAAAGCGUGGGAACGAAGCUUUGAUCAGUCUCCAAGAAUUUCUAGCUUCUCUGAUCGGUAUAGGCAAUCUCCUCUGUCUCUGUCAUCACGGCCAUUGUCUCCAACAUUACUUUCAUCACCAGAAACGGAAUUGUGCAAAAUUCCAGUUCAAGAUUCCCCCCCACAGCGUAAACGAUGGGAGAUUCCUGUUCUCUCAGCACCCGUUUCUCAGCCGCAUCCUACAGUUUUAGCUCCGCCUCCUCCUCCGCCGCCUCCUCGAAAACAAUGGGAAAUUCCAGCUCAUUCAACACCCACUGCUCAGCCCAUUUCUAGGCCACCUGAGCUAAUACCUCCUUCAAGACCUUUUGUGUUGCAAAACCCAACAAUAAAGGUUUCACCUGUUGAGAUGCCACCGAGUUCUGAAAAUGCAGGGGUGGUUGAUGAAACCCAGAAACCGAAGUUGAAGCCACUGCAUUGGGAUAAAGUGAGAGCGAACUCUGAUCGUGAAAUGGUGUGGGAUCACUUGAGAACAAGUUCUUUUAAAUUGAAUGAGGAAAUGAUUGAAACUUUGUUUGUGAAUGCGCCCAAGUGUUCGACUGUACACCCAGGUUUUUCCCAGCAAAGUGAGGAGGACAGAAUACUUGAUCCUAAAAAAUCGCAAAAUAUUUCGAUUUUACUGAGAGCACUUAACGUCACUAUAGAAGAUGUUUGUGAAGCUCUUUUAGAAGGUAGUGCUGAUACACUUGGAUCAGAACUGCUUGAAAGCUUGUUAAAGAUGGCGCCGAGCAAGGAAGAAGAGCGGAAAUUGAGGGAUCACACAGAUGACUCGCCAACCAAGCUUGGUCCUGCAGAGAAAUUUCUGAAGGCUGUGCUUGAUAUACCUUUCGCAUUCAAAAGGGUGGAAGCAAUGCUGUACAUUGCAAACUUUGAGUCUGAGCUGGAGUAUCUCAGGAAAUCAUUUGGAAUUCUGGAGGCUGCAUGUGAAGAACUGAGAAAUAGUAGAAUGUUCUUGAAACUUCUGGAGGCUGUGCUUAAAACCGGGAACCGCAUGAAUACCGGGACCAACCGAGGCGAUGCACUUGCCUUCAAGCUUGAUACACUUCUCAAGCUUGUUGAUGUCAAAGGUGCAGAUGGAAAAACCAGUCUCCUGCAUUUUGUUGUCCAGGAAAUAAUAAGAAUCGAAGGUGCUCGUCUCUCAGGUACCAAUCAAACUCCUAACCCUAGCUCCAUUGAAGAUGCCAAGUUCAGGAAACUUGGACUGCAAGUAGUAUCUAGUCUGAGUUCAGAGCUGGCAAAUGUAAAGAAGGCUGCUGCCAUGGAUUCUGAAGUUCUCAUCGGUGAAGUCUCUAAACUUUCUCAAGGACUAAAGAACGUUGCCGGCAUCUUGCAAUUGAUCAAAACUACCAAGUUGGACGAUGAAAACAGCAGGAAAUUUUCAGAGUCCAUGAACAAAUUCACGAGGGUGGCUGAAGAGGAGAUUCUGAAAGUUGAAGCUCAGGAAAGAGCUGCUUUGUCCCUUGUGAAGGAACUCACAGAGUACUUCCAUGGUAACUCAGCCAAGGAAGAAGCUCAUCCUUUCAGAAUCUUCAUGGUGGUGAGAGACUUUCUCACGAUUCUUGACCGGGUCUGCAAAGAAGUGGGUAUGAUCAACGAGCGAACCAUCGUUAGUUCUGGGCAUAAAUUUCCAGUUCCAGUCAACCCUAUGCUUCCACAACCUCAUCCUGGCUUAUGUGAUGGAAGGCGUGAAUGCAAUUCUUCAGAUGAUGAUAAUUCGUCUCCAUAGCUCUGAAAUGGUCUUGAUUGCAUGUUCUGAUAGAAACAACCUCACACAAGGUGUGAUUUUUAACUAGUUGAAGUGUGCAUGUAAAAUUUUUUGUAAAAAAUCAUGUAAAAGAUUGAAACUGUAUGCCAUUGUUGGUAAUAUAUAAAGUAGAAUAUUUUCUUUGUGAAGAA